AUGCCCCCUCGCUUUGAGACGCGUGAUGCCGCUGGGCGUCGGGUAUCACUCUUGAACGAUGAGGCACCUCGCACAAGCCACCCCCUUCCAAGCCUUGCCGACGUCCAGGCAGCGCAAGUACCACGAACCUCACCAACACCCGCGACUCCCGAGCUGCUCCGGUCCUCCUCCUACGACUCUCACAUGAACCCCACGGAGCCCGUCUCCCCGCUGACUCCGCUGUACGAGCCGGGCUAUCGCCCAUUCCCACAAUCGCAAACAGACCACCGCCCCCGAUAUGACGAGUACUACCAGGAAGAGGCGCCUAUGCAGGCCAGGCUUAAACGGCAGCCCAGCACUCUUAGUGACGGGCGACCCGUCUACGAGGAUGAUUUGAUUCCCCCUCCCGUCCCCAGGCGGUCCAAUGUCGCCCCCUCCUCUGGCGGCGACCGGUCCGAAAAGCGAUUCCCUUGCCGUUUCCGGGAGACGCUUGGCUGUGAGAAGACGUUCACAACCUCGGGCCAUGCCUCGCGGCACGCCAAGAUCCACACGGCGGAGAAGAGCGUCCCUUGCACCUGGCCUGGCUGCAACAAGAAGUUCACUCGCGCCGACAACAUGAAGCAGCAUGUCGAGACUCACAACAAGCCGCGGUCCUCGGUCUCGCGGCCUGCCUUCCUAAACAACCGUCGGUCCUCCUCGUCCAUCCAGACGCUGCCCUCGCCGACAUCCAACCACUCGGCCCCGAAUCGCAGCCGAGCGAUCGCAGCAGGAGUGACAAAGACGACAACAGGCGGGCGGUCUGGUCGAUCGAUUAAGGCCGCCUCCAUGAGUCCCACCCUGAGAAACGCUUGGGACCUGCGCGUCCUUGAGUCCGGUUUGCAACCGCACUCGCCCGAGGUUGACGCUGCAGCCCCCAUGCCCACAAAUCUCGACACUCUCGCGACAGCGGCAUUACAGCAGAUUGGGUCGUCAGACCAACAACCCUGA